AAGAUAGAUAGAUAGAUAGAUAUCUAUAUGAUAUUCAUAGUUAACAGAUUAAUUACAUAAUAAACUAAAUCACGUGUGUGUUGUUAGGGCUCUGGCCCUUGUUGUUACAUGCAGUAUUCACUGUAAAUUAAUGGUUAAUGCACUUCCCAGCACUCAAUAGUUAACUGCGAAUUAUGAGCCGCAUUCAUAGUUAAUUAUAUUUUGUUACCGGACUGUAAUAAUUUUGUUAGGGAGCGAGAGGGAAAGCAGUGAGAACAAACCAAUUUGAAAAAAAAAGCUAAAAUUUUUUUAUAUAAUCAUAAACCUUUCGAAAGUCUUUUCAGAAUACUACGUAAACCAUCAUCAAAGGAAAUUAAGUCAAGAUGCCAUUAGUUGUCCAAGAAGCAGGUUCAUUCCAACACAUUUUACGUUUAUUAAACACCAACAUUGAUGGUAGAAUCAAAAUCAUGUACGCCUUAACCAAAAUUAGAGGUGUCGGUAGAAGAUAUGCCAAUUUAGUUUGUAAAAAAGCUGAUGUUGAAUUAACCAAAAGAGCUGGUGAAUUAACUCAAGAAGAAUUAGAAAGAAUUGUUACUAUCAUGCAAAACCCAACCAACUAUAAAAUCCCAGCUUGGUUCUUAAACAGACAAAAAGAUCAUGGUGAUGGUAAAGAUUACCAUGUCUUAGCUAACAACUUAGAAUCCAAAUUAAGAGAUGAUUUAGAAAGAUUAAAGAAAAUCAGAGCUCACAGAGGUAUCAGACAUUUCUGGGGUUUAAAAGUCAGAGGUCAACAUACCAAAACUACUUCUCGUGGUCGUUAAAUUCAUUUGAAUUACUAAAUUAAUUUUCAUAAAAAUAUAAUUAUAAUUUUAUUUAAUUAACUAAUUUUAUAAUUUAUCUCAUAAAAUAAUCAUGUAAUUUAACCUAGUUUUUAUUCAUUUCCAUAUACAAAAACAAAAAUAUACAUUAUAUAAUAUUAA